UGUUCCUCGUCCCAUGGCUCGGGUCCCACAUGAGAUGCGGGCCCGUCUCCCGCGCUCCCGGCCACCUCCACCUUGCUUCCACCAACUGGCCGGGCCGCCGUCGUGGCGCCCCAACGGCGCCUCUCCUCGUCCGCAGCGCACGCUUGUCAUCCUCCACGUCUCCACCCCAGCCGUGCGAUGGCCGCACGUGCAAGUUCCUCUCCUACCGCGCGUCCAAGUUUCCACGGCCGCACGCAAGUCGUUCGGCGAAUUGCCGGACGCAGCUCAGCUCAGCUGAACUGAACACAACCGGCGGCGCCGGAGACCACUAUCGAUGCUAAGCUUUCCCGCGUCAUAUUCGGACUCCCGGCUCGGUCCUCGACCGACGGUAGCUGGUCGGCAGCCACGCAAUCAUCGCCACGUGCAGGAGCCUCCAGCUGCUCCGGUAUGAGAAGUACCACGACCUACACGGAGGUGAAGAAGAAUCAAGGAUGUCGAAUUACACUGAUUUGGUAAACAAGUAUUAUGAUCUGGCCACCAGCUUCUAUGAAUAUGGCUGGGGUGACUCAUUCCAUUUUGCUGGCAGAUGGGCCGGGGAAACUUUUCGCGAAAGCAUUAAGCGGCAUCAGCAUUUUAUUGCACUACAACUGGGGCUCAAGAAGGGGAUGAAGGCCCUGGACGUGGGAUGUGGAAUUGGGGGACCUUUAAUAGAAAUUGCCAGAUUAAGCUCAGCACGGAUAACUGGAUUGAACAACAAUGAUUACCAGAUAUCAAGGGGCAAGGAACUCAUUUUUUCAGCAGGUUUGAGUGAGCAAUGCAACUUUGUGAAGGGGGACUUCAUGAAGAUGCCAAUCACUGAUAACACCUUUGAUGCAGCCUAUGCGUUACAGGCCACAUGUCAUGCACCUGAUGUACAAGGCGUCUACAAGGAGAUUUACCGAGUGCUGAAACCUGGGCAGUAUUUUGCACUAGAUGAAUGGUGCAUGACUGAUCGAUUUGAUCCAAACAACGCUAAACAUUUGGCCAUCAAGGCUGAGAUUGAGCUCGGCGAUGGCCUGCCUGACAUCCGUACCACUCGCCAGUGUGUCCAAGCUAUGAAAGAUGCAGGAUUCGAGGUUAUCUUCGCCAAGGAUCUUGCUGAGGAUUUUCCUUGCCCAUGGUACCAGCCGAUGGAUCCCAGCCAUUUCUCAUUGACUAGCUUCCAAUGCACACGUGCUGGACGCUUCAUCACCCGUGCAUUUCUCAACACGCUGGAGUUCCUCCGAAUUGCCCCGGCAGGCAGCAUGAGAGUCUACCACUUCCUGCAGACUGCCUCUGAAGGCCUCCUAAAGGGCGGCCGGGAAGGGAUCUUCACGGGGACUUUCUUCGUCCUGGGCCGCAAACCUCUCCAGGAGACCGAAACAACGGUGAAUGGCGACCUUUGAGUUGCAUGCAUGGCUGAACCCCAGGUUUGAAGUCAAGAACAGGUAGUAUGGGCUUGUACAUAGGAGCUAUAAGAAUAAUUGCCUCGUUCUGUACUGAAGUGUUGUUGUAAUGUUAUGGUUCUUGUAGAAGGUGCUGGGUCUCGCUCCCAAGCUAGCUUGUGUACUGUACUGUAUUACCGACUGUCUGAAAUAAACGUUGUUGCAAUUGCGCAAUUC